AUGCCCCUCCUCCGCGCGGGCUCCCCCGCCCUGCUCGUGUGCUUGCUGCUGGUGCUACUUCCCCAGGUCCAUGCAUUCGGAGCUGGCAAUAUUGCUUCGAUCUCGGCCGUCGAGGGCAAAAACUGGCGUCAUGGCGACAUUGAGGAUAUGCUGAAGACGAUCACGUUCAUCGCCGGUCACAAAUGGACAUCUACUAUGAUCAAGCGCGUGUACUUUGGAAAUUGGCUACGCGAUUAUUCGCAGGCAAUGGAUGUCGGAACCCUGAAAAAUCUCCAAGCCGAUACGAUCCGCAUCCUCGUGUGGGUCCUCUCGUUCCUGACGUUCGGAUACGCGACGGGCGAAUUCGAAGUUACCUCAGAGCGAUUGGGUGUCUACCGUCCGGAAGAGCAUAUUGAUAACCCGAAAGAUUACGCCGACAACGAAGAUGCGCGCCAGUUUGACAAGCGCCUGCGAGGCCCGGUUCGUCAAGUCGAGCUUGAUAUCGAUCCGGAGACGGGCAUGAAAAACUACAUCGCGAACGAGCGUGGCGACUGGGCGACUAGCACCGCCUUCGUCAAAUUCAGUCUCAGUCGCAGCAUCCAUUACGGGCGCAUGUACACCAGUGGCGGCCACCACAAGGGCAAGGAGGAAGAUUUGUGUGAGGCACUUCGGUGCUUGGGACAGGGUCUCCAUACCCUGGAGGAUUUUGCGGCGCACUCUAAUUACAUCGAGCUUGCGUUGCGCGAGAUGGGAUUCCACAAUGUAUUCCCUCACACUGGCACAGCCACCCAGUGCAAUAUUCGUGGACAUCAUGUUUUCCCCUUGGUGACGGGAACUUUUGGUAUGGUUGACUUCUUCCACUCGGUACUCGGUGAAGCUACCGAUCAUUUCACCCAGUCCGAAGUCAACGAAAUGGACAUUGCGCUUGGUGAUGCGCAGACCAAUGCCCAGGCCGGCAACUCUCUCAACUCCCUCACUGGUCUUUUGGGAAAGAUCCCCGGGACUCGGGACCUGGUUACGGAGGCUGAAAACCUGAAACAGCAGUCUGAGGCUCAAGAGAGGAGUAAUCGCUCUCAUGGCUCUCAUACGGGUUACGUGCAGACAGGCGGAUUUGACCAAACCCGCGCACCUGAUCCCAGCCACCCGAUGACUGGUGGUGCUGCUCCAGGGCCUGGUCUCCAGGGCAUGCCUGAUUUCAACCCUCAGGAGACAGUGUCCAAGAUCUACCCUAUCCUGGCCUUCCGUGACAAGGUCGUUCGGAAGCUGAACGCGGUCAUCGAGAAGAUCCCCGGUUUGGAAACCAUCGUUGAGAAGAUCACAGAGACACUCACCGUGUUCAUCAUGUCGCUACUUGCGCCAUUCAUCCGCCCACUUAUCAACGCCGCCUCUAAGUCUCUCCAGACCGGGUCAUCGGGUGUCAUUAGCGCCUCUGGCAAGCACCAAUACGAACCAUGGACCGAUCCUCACUGCACUGAUCCCACCCACUCGCUUCUCUCCAAGGACCACUUCGCCAACAUUCUGAACGAACCAGCUGGGCAGGUUGCUUCCGCCAUUCUGAAGUACGUUGCUCCUCGCGUACUAUAUGCCUGGCAACACAUCGACGUCCCCGAGCACGAAGUUCUGGAUGACUGCAUGCGCAUUUUCCACCACCCCGUGCUCCGAGACAUGCAUAAUGAGGCUCACCGAACCAUGUUCGAGGCUGUCGGAAACUGGGUGCACUCUCGUGAAGACCGCGGCUCGCGUCUCAACGACAUUCUCAGCGCUGAGGGUGUCCGAAACGGUCGCAACACCGGUGGUGUCCCGCAUACCCACGGCGGUAGCCAGGGCGGUUUCGCUGCUCUGGGCGGCGCAGCCCAUGGUCAAUCACACGGCCAAGCUCACGGUCAGGGUCAGGGCCACGGUUUCUCUGUCGGCGGUAUUCAGUCAUUCUUCACGCAGGGGCAGGGUCAGCACCAGCAGCCGUCAGGUUCACACGGGCAAAGUUCGUCUGGUCUGCCUUGGGAUAAGCUCUCCAAGCUACCUAUCCCUGGCAUGUCGAACCUGAACAGGCUUGAGAGCACCAUUUCUGGUUUCAUUCCUGGUGGUUUGUCACAUGGUUCGAGGAGAGAGCUUGAUGAUGAUGACGAGGCUGGCUCUGGUCAUGCACAGGGUAACGCGUCGUAUCAGCAGCAGCCUUCGGGGUAUCAUGGUCAGCAAGGGCAUGGUCAGGGUGGUCAUGGUUACUGA